GCCGCUGGAGAAGCGGAGCCAUGGCGCGGGCACGGGCAAGGCGCCGCCAUUCCUGACAUCGAGAUGCAGUUCGAGCACCUCUUCAAGGCCCAGAUCACCGCGGCGCCCACGCAGCUCCAGAAGGUUCACGAAGACACGCCGCUGACGGCCCAGUCGGACUUCGCGGCCAGCAUGCGCACUUGUCUCGCUCAAGUGCAACAAACCAGUGCCCGAAUCGACAGGCAAGCCCACCUCGUCGCUGACAUCCAGCAGCGCCAAGCCCACAUGGAGAAGAAGCAGGGCCGCGUCCGCGGCGUCGUCGCGAAGCUCGAGCACGCCCUCGCUCUUGCGGAGUCCGAGGCCUGCGCCUUCGACGCCGCCAAGGAGGUCGAGCGCAGCAUCUCCCAGCGGCUCGCUGACGCGGGCGUCGCCGCUGACCAGGUCCAGCCCAUUGGCGACAUCCCCGCCGGGCGUUUCUUCCUUCGCACCACUGGCUCUGACGAG